AGGAGGAGGAGGGGACUGGAGCGCGCGAUCAUUGUGAUGGUGGCUGCAGCCGCCGCCGCCGAGAGCGAGCCACACAUUAGCGCGUCUGUAGGAUUUCCCUCAACACACACACACACACACACACGACUUUCUGAACUGCACACCUUUCUUUGUUCACGCUCGGGAGGAGGGAAUCUUUUUUUUUUUUUUUAAACGCGCGAGAGCAGAAAAAAUGAACAGCACACGGCGAAUGAAAUGAAAUGCAAAGUUCACGAAACUACUACUCGGGAGCGCCUUGGCUGCGGACGGGGAAACUUUUUUUCUCUCCGAGAAGGACGGCGCGAUAAACCGGUGCACUGUUUGAUGGAGCGCUAAGCGGCGAGAGCGCAGCCUGACGGCGGACUGAGGUCGCUCGCCUCCCGGUCGCUCCUCCGCUUUUUCCCCCCUCUCUCUCUCUCUCCCGGUGUCGGCUUGGCUGCGGGGAAACGGUGGAUGGUUGACACGGCGAUAUUCCCAGAGGAGCGCUGCAUUAUUUGUCGUUUCCAGUCUUUCUCCCCGGUCUCUCUGUCCAACCAGACCCGGUUUUGGAGAGGGGAGUCCGGGCUGGGUGGUGGUGGUGGUGGUAUCGGGAAGGGGGGAAAGCUUUGACAAAACUUCUUCUUCCUAGAAAAAGCCCUUGUACGCAGCAGCGCAGAUGAUGAUGGGGGAUUUCGCCGGCCCCGCUGCCUCGAACGGCGGCGGUGUUUGCAUCAACAGCGGCGGUAACGUGAACCUAAACGCCGGUAGCAACACCACAACUAGUAAUAACUGUAACAGCAAUAGCGGUGCCGGUCCUGGAGCUGGUGCGGGAGCUGGUGCGGGAGCCGGAGUGCCGAAACACAGCACUGUAGUGGAGCGGCUUCGGCAGAGGAUCGAGGGCUGCCGGCGGCAUCACAACGUCUGCGAGGCCCGCUUUCAGCAAGCGCACGCCGAGCAGCUGGAGCUGGAGCGCCGGGAGACGGCGGCUCUGUAUCAGCGCACCCUGGAGCAGAGGGCCAAGAAGGGCAAACAGCAACAACAACAGCAGGGCAAGCAGCAAGAUCCGAGCGAUUCCUCGGAGCAGCGGAACAACACUCUGAUCGCGCUUCAGGAGACAGUCAAAAGAAAAUUGGACAGUGCUCAGUGCAGAUCACCUUUAAAUGGUGACCAGAAUGGGAUCUGCGAUGGAAGCUACUCUCCCACUACAAAGAGGCUGCGGAAGGAAGGUAACAGUGGACUGGACUCUCUGGGCUCUUUGCCCAACAGUGUACCCCCAAUCUCUCCACUACACCAAAUGGACAUCAAGCCCACGUUACCUACAGGCAACAACACGACGUCUAACAACACAAUUGGUAAUGGUAAUGCCGGUACAAACCAUAUUACAGGGCGAGCAGAUGACCUGGGUAAGAAUGGUGGCAUGCCGGACAUUAAACUGAACGGAUCUUUAGAUCUGGAUGAUGGUUUUAGCCUUCUGAAGGACAUGAAGCAAGAGCCUCUGGAUGACACAACGGGGAUCGAAUCUUCAGACACCUCGCUGUCCAAUCAGAACAAGUUGUUCUCUGACAUUAACUUGAAUGAUCAAGAGUGGCAGGAGCUGAUUGACGAUCUAGUGAACACGGUUCCAGAAGAUGACAUGCAUGACCUCUUCAGUGAAGAUUUUGAGGAGAAGAAGGAGGUAAAUGAUUUCACCCGGCCCACAACAGAGCAAACACAGAAUCUGCAAGAGCCUGUACCUCCUCCGGUUGCCACAGCACCCAACAAUCCACCACAGACACAGGGCGGGCAGAUGGGCUCUCCUCAGGUUCGCCCAGCUUCCUCUGGACCACCAUUUGCCACUGCCGCCAAUGGCACACCACCCCAACAACCCUUGCAGCAGUCUCCAGCAGUUGCUAUGGCGUCAGGGUCUCCUGCUAGCUGCAUUGCUCGUUCUCCCCAAACUCCUACACAGGCCCAGACACAGACCUCCAGACCUGGGAAUGGAUUUAUGAUGAAUCCUGGUCCUGGUGUGGGUCCCCCAGGGUCAACAACGGUAGCACCAGUAGGUCCUGGAACAGGAGGAGGAAGCGGACCAGUCCCGGUUCCUGUUCCGCCAACCACUGAACUCUCACCGGCUGAACAGCUAAAGCAGAUGGCAGCACAACAACAACAACGUGCCAAGCUCAUUCAGCAGAAACAGCAGUCACAGGCAGCUAGCUGGUCCCCUGCAGGAGCACCAACAAGCCCUUAUGGUGGUCCCUUCAACCCUGAUAAACCAAAUAGUCCCAUGAUGUACCCACAAGGCUUCAAUGCCCCUAAUUCAAUGGUGCCCAAACCUGGCAUGAACAACUACCUCCCGCAAAACCAUAUGAACAUGAUGAACCAGCAACAGCAGCAGCAACAAUCUGCCAACAUGGCUGCCCAGAAUGCCUUGAACAAGCAGCUGUCUUACAACAACACCAAACCAUUGAGUCAUUUCAGCGGCGUUGACCACAUGAGUCAGCGAAUGACCCCACCAAUGGCCAAUCAGGUCAAAAAUCCCAUGAUGCCCUAUAUGCAGGGGACAGGGGGACAGGGUGGCGGGCCACCCCCUUCUCAAGGUCCCAUGCCUGGGCAGACAGCACAUCUGACUGAAGAGCAGAAGAGGAUGAUGAUGAUAAAGCAGAAGGUGCUUGGUCAGGGUUUGCCAUACAAUGCGAUGCAGCAACAUGCACAGGAGCAGGGCAUGGUCGGGAUGCCACGCCAGGCCGGAGGUGUCCAACCCCCUCACGGAGGUCCGGGAGGCGUGCCCUCGGCCGGUCCUAACGGGCCGGGGCCAGGUGGUUACCUGGGCAACCAGCAGCAGCAGCAACAGCAGCAGCAGCAAGCAGCCAUGAUGAAGCAAAUGAUGGCUAUGGAACAGGAGAAGAGGGUUCAGCUUCAACUGAUGGAGCAGCAGAAAGUUCAGCUCCUGCGGGAACAGAGACAGCAACAACAUCACCACCUACUGGCAGAGCAGUUACAGCAGCAGCAACAGCAGCAACAGCAACAGCAGCAUCUCCCGAGGCAGAUGAGUCAAGCACAGAGAAACCCGUAUCCUCUCCAACAGUUUCAGGGCACACAGCAAGAGAUGGCGGCGAGGAACCAGGCACUUCAGAGCAUGAGGAACGCUCGCCUCCUACAGCAGCAGCAGCAGAAUCAAGGCAUGCUACAGAUGGCACCAGUUCAGAACCCUGGUCCCAUGCCCACUCAGGGCGAGAUGGGCAUGGCCUAUGGAAGCCAGGCAGGUACGCAGGCAGCCAUGUACCAGGGCAUGAACUCGGGGAUGGGUCCAAUGCUCCAGCCACAGCAUCACCCCAACCAGGCUGGUAUGGCCAUGACACAGAGACCUGCGGGCACGGGCGGCCAGGGAAUGGUGGGAGGCGGAGCAGGAAGCGGAUAUGGGCAGGGCAUGAUGAUGAACCCUGCCCUCUCUCAACAGCAGAUGAAGCAGGCUGGGCAGCCAAUGGCCAAAGCCCAAGCUCAGAGACUGCAAAGCAUGAUGGGAGCCGGAGGUCAGGGAUGGCCCCAGCAGCAGCAGCAGAAUAUGCAGGCCAUGAGUGGAAGGACUACAAACGACAUGGUGGCAUUUAACAGUAACCCUGCGUAUGCCAUGCAAGGUGGGCAGCCACCAAGGAUGCCCAAGCAGCAUUUCAGCCAAGGGAUGGGUGGCCAGGGUAUGGUAGACCCUCGGGCCAUAAACCCAGCAAGCAUGGGUGGACCCAUGAUGCCUCACAUGGCAGGCCAACCAAGGACCAAUCAGCCACGGGGAAUGGCAAUGUCGGGUAUGGGUCAGGCUGUGCCCAACAUGGCUGCUUUCGGACAGGGCUCCACGCAGGCCAUGGCAGGGGCAGGACCAGGUGGAGCAGCCUAUAUGACAAGUGGACAGACACAAGGCUACCAACGGACAUCAAGUCAAGACUUGGGUUACGGUUAUGCUGGCCAAUCGGGAACCGGGACUGGGGUCUCGUUUGGCCUGUCAGACAGUGCGGAGCUGGACUCAACGGACGGUUGGAUGGAGGAAUUUUUCCCCAGCCAAUAGCCAAUGUGGAUUAUUGUGUGGGGGAAUGGGGACCUUUGAAAUGGACCAGAAAAGUGUUUUUUUGUUUUUUCUUUUCCUAAAAGAAAAAUGAAAAUCAUUUCUAGACGGCGUGUUUGUUUUUGGUUUUGUUUUUUAAAAUUUUUUGUUUAUUGCUUCCAUUUAAUAUAAUGGGAAAAUGAUUACAUGUUGUGUAUUGUAUGUGUGAUGUCACUAUAUUUAAACCAACAAUCUCUAAGAUCUGAUUCUAGCUAGAAGCCAAGUCUCUUUAGACUUCGUCUCGCGCCCUUCGUCAUCUUUUCUUCGUCAUCUUUUCCAGACUUUUUCUAGGAACGACCGUGUAAAACCUAAAUUAAUUGUGAAAUAGAAAGAUUUUUUUGCCCAGUGUUUAGAUCAGAUGUUGGUUUUUACUCUCAACUCUGUCUGUUUAGUCAAUAAUGAAAUCUGAAAUGUGUGAGAGAGAGUUUGUAAAAAAAAAAAAAAAAAAAAACGGGAAAAAAAAAAUAACGAAAAAAAAAUAAAACAGCACCGUCACAUCACCAACCGUUCCCUUUUGCUCUGAUAGUUGAUUCAAAUAGCCAGCAGUUCCACGUCCACUGCGUUCUCUCCGCAAACAUCAUCGCUAAACACCUCGGUCUUUACUCUCAGCACAUGCAUCAUCAGUGUUUGUGUGCUUUAACUAAUCGAAGAGACUUGGCAGCUACAAAUUUGUCUCUCCACCUAAAAUCUGAGGGCUGGAGAACAUUAUGUUUUCUCGAAAGUCAUAUGGCAGCUAGGAACACAAGCAUGGCGUCGUCUCCCACAUGGGCCAGAAACACACAGUCCUCUAAAGCAACGUGCAGCCAAACACACAUUUUAGAUCCAACCUUGGAAAGUAACAGCUUCCACCAGUGACUUGUGGCAGUUAGAAAGGCUUUCACAUCGCAGUGGGAAAACAGGAAUGAUCACUUGUCUUGAUGGCUUUCUACGUUCUGGAAGAAAAAAAAACAAUACACAUCAAAUCAUUUGAAAGAUAACACAUGGACUUUCUUUCUUUUAUUCAUUCACCAGACGCUUUUAUCCGAAGCAUAAAGCUGAGCGUUAAAGAAAUAAAGAGCUUGGGUAGUAGAGCUGAUCAGCUUGAUAAACUGCAAUCUGAUCUUAGGUAUCAGAUUAAUACAUUUCCACAACCUUUGAAUGGAAUAGUUCGUGUAAAACAAGCUCUUAACGUGUUUCGUUCUGUCGGGUUAUGACGCAGCGUCGCCGCCUGCCUUCAUUCAGAGCAGAAAGCCAUCGGUUACUUUACUGUCAGUACCUUCUUUAUGGCCAACCUGCGAAGGGAGAAAAGACUGUUUGGAGAUGACAUGGUCCAUGAAGGCUAUAUUCAUAAAACUUUAUAACUGUGCUUAUAAUGCUUCGUAAAUUUGGUAACGAUUGUAUUUGUAAGUAACUCUAGUAAUGUCUGAUAACAGCUGUCUGUCAUUGCUCUUUGUUGUAAGUUUAGGUUUUGGGACUACUGUAAACUUAAGAAUGUCAUGGAAAUAAAAUUUCAAUGUAGUUACAGAGCAGGUUAAAGACCAACUAUAGAUUAAAAGUUAAUAACAGUGCGUCUAUCGCAAAGACAAAUAUUUCGCACUAAAUGAUGACGAGACAACGACGUAAUGAUUUAAAUCGAUCCUGAGCUCGGGUUACUGUCUAGGUGGUGCCUUGCAUGCAGGUUCCUUUCUGAUUCUCGAAUACCUCCAUCCUCCCAAAAACAUAGAUCAGCUACUCUAAAUUACCCCUAGUGUUUAGACAGACUGGCGUCCCAUCCUUGACCCUGACCAGGAUUAAAUGGUUACUGAAACAUGAAUUAAUGAAUCAAUACUAAUAACUCAUUUUCACAGUAAUGCCAUUUUAAGCCUCGUGUUUUCGCCUUCCACUGCUUGGAUAAAUAACAUUUAAAGGCUAGUGACAAUAAUUUGAAAAGGAAUUGAAAAUAAAUUCCCCCUGCUAAUAACAAUGCCACGUUUUCACUAUUACAACAGAUUAUCUAAGCGAUCAUCAGCGGUCCUGCUCAUCACAGAUUCAUAAUUAAUAUCAAUUUAGUAAAACAGUCAUUUAUUCAGGAAGUGUUGGAGUUAAUAACAACGCUUAUAAAUAUUUAUCCAAUUCCUACCAUCAUAAGCACAGUUACGAUGAUUUAUGAAUAUGAAUUCCGAGUGUUUGGUUUUGUUUUUUUUUUCUUUACUGAUGUUAAAAUGUCAGAAAUCAAAACGGAAAAAACAAAACACUUAUUCAGUGACCUAUAUUAAGUCUUUCAAUCUCUCCUGAUUGUUUUAAGUCUCUGAGGAAUGUACUAUGACGAGUGCGUCUAUUUUCGUUACAUGUCAUUGUUGUUAUCUGAAGGAGGAACCUUUCAGGACGGUGAAAGUGUAACAGUAUUGCUCUUACUAUUGUAAUAACCGUGAUCAGGGAGGUAUGGCUCACUCUCUCCAUCCUCUUCCUCCUCCCCCUCAUAUCUCAACUUCUCCGGGACCAAGUCACACACGCAACGUAUCGUUCGUUCUGUCCGUCAUUUCCGUCAGUCAUCGAUGUUGUUGUCUUUUCAGCUUUUAUUUUGUACUGGUGCUGAUUAUAUAUAUAUAUGUGAUUGGAAAAAAAAAAAAGAUUCUAUAUAAAUAUUAUAUAUAUAUAUAUAUAAAUAUAUAAAUAUAUGAGAAUGGCUAUAUGUAAAUAUGUUUCUACUGCUUUAAAUACACCAGAAAAAAAAUGUGUCUCUACUUUCUGUAAAGAUAUAACUGUUUAAGAUAGAGUAUUUUUAUUUCUUUUCUUUCUUUUUGUUUUUUUUUUUUCCUUUCCACUUUUAAACUCAUCCCGAGCUAUACCAUUGCACUUCAGACAAUGUCUUACUACUAAUGGGUAAUGUAAACUUUCUCCGAUUUUUAUUUCGAAGGGAUUUUAAUUCUCUAGUUGGAGAAUUUCGAGCUGUACCUAAUGCAGUGCUUCUACUUUCUUCCCUUGUACAUAGUUACGAAAAAUGUUAACACCAGAGACUUACAAAAAGGAAGAAGUUUUGUUUUGUUUUUUUUGUUUGUUUGUUUGUUUGUUUUUCAGAAAAAUACAAUAAAGAGAGAGUUUUCUCGCUGAUCCUAUUAAA